GUUAUGCUGGUCGUUCCAAUUUACCUGACAACUUGAAGAAACUUUUCCGUAGCAUGGCUAUGACAAAGCCAGAUCGUGAAUUAAUCGCACAAGUUAUGUUGUAUUCUCAAGGUUUCAGAACUGCCGAAAUACUUGCUUCAAAGGUUGUCCCGUUAUUCAACCUUUGUGCUGAACAACUUUCUCCACAAGCACAUUAUGAUUUUGGUCUUAGAGCUCUUAAGAGUGUACUUGUUAGUGCUGGUAACUUGAAACGUGAACGUCUUCAAGUACUUAGAGAAAGCAAUUCAGACAAAUCAGAAUAUACUAGAAUUUCCGAACCUACACCUGAGCAAGAGAUCUUAAUUCAAAGUAUUCGUGAAACUAUUGUUCCAAAAUUAGUAGCUGAUGAUAUUCCUCUUUUAACCAGUUUGCUCGCAGAUGUUUUCCCUGGCGUCGAAUAUGCACCAGUAGAUCUUGAUAAGCUUACAGCUGAAAUUAGAAAUGUUUGUAAUGAAAAAAAUCUUCUUGACGGUGAAAUGUGGUUAGAAAAAGUUCUUCAACUUUAUCAAAUCCAACAUAUUCAUCACGGUCUUAUGAUGGUUGGACCAUCGGGUUCUGGUAAAUCAAUGGCAUGGAAAGUAUUACUUCAAGCUUUGGAGCGUGUUGAAGGCCAAGAAGGUGUUUCAUACGUUAUUGAUCCUAAAGCCGUGUCUAAAGAUGCACUUUAUGGUAAUUUAGACCAAACAACUCGUGAAUGGACAGAUGGCUUAUUCACUCAUAUUCUGCGUAAAAUUAUUGACAACGUUCGUGGUGAAAAACUCAAAAGACAUUGGAUUAUAUUCGAUGGAGACGUUGAUCCAGAAUGGGUUGAAAAUUUAAAUUCUGUAUUGGACGAUAAUCGAUUAUUAACUCUUCCUAACGGUGAACGUUUAAGUCUUCCGGGUAAUGUCCGUAUUAUGUUUGAAGUGGAAAAUCUAAAAUAUGCCACAUUGGCUACUGUCAGUCGUUGUGGUAUGGUGUGGUUCUCGUCGGAAGUGGUUACCCUUGACAUGAUUUAUUAUAAUUAUUUGAAAACUCUUAAAUCCGUUCCUUUGGACGAAAACGAAGAAGAAGGAUCUUCUACCCAUAGAGCUGAAGGUGGAGAAGAAACUGUCUCUCCACAUCUCAGUACACAAUGUGCUAUUGCUAAUAUCUUUAGUAAUCAUAUGACUGAAAAUGGAUUAGUAACAAAAACUCUUAAACAAGCAGAAAAAUUAGAACAUAUUAUGGACUUUACUUACAUGCGCGUGUUGAAUACAUUAUUUUCUUUAUUAAACAAAACAGUUCGUAACGUAAUUGAAUACAAUGUACAACACCCUGAUUUUCCAAUGACUGCGGAACAUUUAGAGAGUUAUGUUACAAAACGAUUAGUUCUUAGUGUUAUUUGGAGUUUCUCCGGAGACGCUAAGUUAGAUUACCGCGCUGAGCUGGGUGAUUUUGUUCGUGGAAUAACUACAGUCGAUUUGCCUCCUGCACAAGUGGGUUCAACUCUUAUUGAUUAUGAUGUUCAAAUCAAUAAUGGUGACUGGGUAUCAUGGACUGGCAAAGUUCCAACCAUUGAAAUUGAAACUCAUACCGUGUCAGAAGCUGAUGUGGUUGUUCCUACAGUUGAUACCGUUCGUCAUGAAGAAAUAUUAUACUCCUGGCUUUCAGAACACAAGCCUCUUUUAUUAUGUGGACCACCUGGAUCUGGAAAAACCAUGACAUUAUUUAGUGCCCUUAGAAAACUGCCGGAUAUGGAGGUUGUAGGUCUUAAUUUUUCUAGCGCCACCACCCCUGAGUUGAUUUUAAAAACUUUUGAUCAAUAUUGCGAAUAUCGUAAAACUCCAAAUGGUGUCAUUUUGUCACCUAUUGCCAUUGGUCGAUGGAUUGUAGUAUUCUGUGAUGAAAUUAAUCUUCCUGCAAGUGAUCAAUAUGGCACUCAACGCGUAAUUUCAUUUUUAAGACAAUUAAUUGAAUGUGGUGGUUAUUGGAGAACUUCAGAUAAAGCUUGGGUUAAAUUAGAACGUAUUCAAUUCGUCGGAGCUUGUAACCCUCCAACAGAUCCUGGUCGUGUACCAUUAACUCACAGAUACCUUCGUCAUGCUCCUUUAGUGAUGGUUGAUUAUCCUGGUGAAAUUUCCCUUAAUCAGAUUUAUGGGACAUUUGCUCGUGCCAUGUUAAAAGUUGUUCCUGCGCUUCGACCAUAUGCUGAACCGCUUACAGCUGCAAUGGUUGAGUUCUAUCUUAUGUCCCAAAAACAUUUUACCCCCGACAUUCAGGCACAUUAUAUUUAUUCUCCUCGUGAACUAACUAGAUGGAUGCGAGGUAUAUUCGAGGCAAUUAAACCUAUGGAAACUCUUUCUCUUGAAGGUUUAGUUCGUAUUUGGGCGCAUGAAGCUUUACGGUUAUUCCAGGACCGUCUUGUCACUGAGGAAGAGAGGAAAUGGACUGAUGAUAAUAUAGAUGCUACUGCUUUGAAACAUUUUCCAGGAUUGAACACAUCUGAAGCUUUGAGUCGUCCGAUUUUAUUCUCUAAUUGGUUAUCUAAACAUUAUAUCCCUGUUGAACGCGAAGAGUUACGUGACUACGUUAAAGCUCGUCUCAAAGUAUUUUAUGAAGAAGAAUUAGACGUACCACUGGUUUUGUUUAAUGAUGUUUUGGAUCACGUUCUUCGUAUUGAUCGUGUAUUUAGACAAAUGCAAGGACAUUUACUUUUAAUUGGUGUAAGUGGAUCUGGUAAAACCACUUUAUCUAGAUUUGUUGCUUGGAUGAAUGGAUUAAACGUCUUCCAAAUCAAGGCACAUAACAAAUACACAGGCGAUGAUUUUGAUGAAGAUUUAAGAACAGUUUUAAGAAGGGCUGGCUGUAAAGGAGAAAAAAUUUGUUUUAUAAUGGAUGAGUCAAAUGUGCUUGAUUCAGGUUUCUUAGAGCGUAUGAAUACGCUUCUUGCCAAUGCUGAAGUUCCUGGGUUAUUUGAAGGUGAUGAACAUAAUGCAUUAAUGACAAGUUGUAAAGAGGGUGCUCAGAGGGAGGGAUUGAUGUUAGAUUCUCCCGAAGAAUUAUAUAAAUGGUUCACGCAACAAGUAAUGAAAAACCUGCACGUUGUAUUUACUAUGAAUCCCCCAGAAGGUGGACUUGCUUCUCGUGCCGCAACAUCUCCUGCUCUCUUCAAUCGAUGUGUUUUAGAUUGGUUUGGUGAUUGGUCAGAUCAAGCCUUUUUCCAAGUGGGUAUGGAAUUUACCCAAAACUUGGACUUGGAUCUUCAGACUUAUUCCCCUCCUUCCAAAUUCCCUGUCGUGUAUCGAUUAUUACCUUCGCCGCCUGCACAUCGAUUUGCCAUCGUAAAUGCAUUUGUUUUUGUUCAUCAGUCUCUUUAUGAUAUUAAUACAAAAUUGAGCAAGCGUCAAGGUCGCUAUAAUUAUGUAACUCCACGCCAUUAUUUAGACUUUAUAAACCAUUAUGUACGUUUGUUCAAUGAGAAACGCGAAGAUCUUGAGGAACAACAACGUCAUUUAAACAUUGGGUUAGAGAAAUUAAAAGAUACUGUUAAGACAGUCGAUCAACUUCAGAAAGAAUUGGCUCUAAAGGAUAAAGAACUUAAAGCUAAGGAAAACGAGGCUAACGAUAAACUGAAAAAUAUGCUUGUUGAGCAAGGUGAAGUUGAAGAACGUAAAAAAGCAUCUGAAGAAAUGUCGCGUAUACUUGCAAUACAAACUCAAGAAAUUGAUGAACGUCGCAAGGUAGUAAUGGAAGACUUGGCAAACGCUGAACCAGCUGUUGAGGACGCUAAAAGGAGUGUAAGAGGCAUUACUAGACAACAUCUUACUGAAGUGCGUGCAAUGAACAAUCCUCCUGAAGCAGUGAAAAUGGCAAUGACUUCAGUUUGUAUUAUGCUUGGCCGCAGAGCUGAUAAAUGGCAAGAGGUGCAGGGUAUUAUCCGAAGUGAUGACUUUAUUAAUAGUAUUGUUCAAUAUAACACAGAUAGAAUGACUAAAAAUAUGAGAGAAAAAAUUAAAAAUGAAUUUCUUUCCAAACCUACCUAUAAUUUCGAACUUGUAAACAGAGCUAGCAAGGCAUGUGGCCCUUUGGUUAAAUGGGUAGCUGCUCAAGUCAGCUAUUCAGAUAUUUUAGACAGAGUCGGCCCGAUGCGUAAGGAAAUGGAGGAUUUGCAAGAAAAACAAAAGAAAACUCUACAAGAAGCUGAGGCUAUGCAAAUGAUGAUUGAAGAUUUAGAAAAGAAAUUAACAAAAUAUAAAGAGGAGUAUGCCAAAUUAAUUGCAGAUAAAGAGUCUAUUAAAACUAUAAUGAACUCGGUUAAAAGUAAAGUAGAAAGAAGUAUGACACUUCUUACUAGUUUAUCAUCUGAAAAGGAAAGAUGGGAAUCUGGUAGUCAAGCAUUUGAAACACAAAUGGGAACAAUUGUUGGUGAUGUGUUACUUUCGGCUGCAUUCCUGGCCUAUGGUGGAUACUUUGACCAGCAAUACCGUGAGAUAUUACUUCACAAAUGGACGAACCAUUUACUUGACGCCAAUAUUCAACUUAAGCAAGAACUUUCGUUAACAGAAUAUUUAUCAUCGGCUGAUGAUCGUCUUUCCUGGCAAGCAAAUUCUCUUCCGGCAGAUGACUUGUGCACGGAAAAUGCCAUCAUGCUCAAGAGGUUUAAUAGAUAUCCACUUAUAAUUGACCCAUCUGGCCAAGCUUCCUCAUUUUUGAUGAAUGAAUUUAAAAACAAAAAAAUUACUGUUACAAGUUUCUUAGAUGAUUCAUUUAUUAAGAACUUAGAAAGUGCUCUUCGGUUCGGUAAUCCAUUACUUAUUCAAGAUGUUGAACAUCUUGAUCCUAUUUUAAAUCCUGUUCUCAAUAAAGAAUUGCGCCGUACUGGUGGACGUGUUCUAAUAAGAUUAGGAGGGCAAGAUAUCGAUUUCUCACCAUCAUUUACACUUUUCCUAUCAACUCGUGAUCCCUCCGUCAAUUUUCCACCAGAUGUAUGCAGUAGAGUAACUUUUGUCAAUUUCACUGUGACUCGUAGUAGUUUACAGAGUCAAUGUCUCAAUCAAGUGCUCAAGGGCAAUAUUUUGGAUGAUACUAAGAUUCUGGAUACAUUGGAGAAAUUGAAACAAGAAGCUGCUGAAAUUACUCGCAAAGUUGAAGAGACUGACAAUAUCAUGCAAGAAGUUGAACGAGUUACAGCACAAUACACUCCAUUGGCUCAUGCCUGUAGUUCUGUCUUCUUUGUUAUGGAGCAAAUAAACUUGUUACAUCAUUUCUAUCAGUUCUCUCUUGAAUAUUUUUAUGAAAUAUUCCAAUACAUCCUUCAUAAAAAUCCAAACCUUGAUGAAGUUAAGGAGACUGAUAAAAGGUUGAACAUUAUCACUCGUGAUCUUUUUAAAGUGACUUUCAAACGAGUAUCACGAGCUUUGCUGCAUGAAGAUUAUGUUACAUUCGCAAUUUUGUUAUCUCAAAUUAAACUUCGUGGAUCUCCAGAUCAAGUUGAUGAAGCCGAAUAUGAUUUCUUAUUAAGUGGCGGUGAUAUUGUACCUGGAUCAAAAGUCUCUUCACGUGAACUUGGAUUACCCGAAAAAAUUUUUGAUGUUGAUCAACUUUGUAAAAUAAAAGAGUUCAUGACUCUUCCAUGUUUCUCGAGACUUAACAGAAAUAUUGAUGAGAAUAUAGAUGACUGGGUGCACUUUAUGAACCAUGAUGAAGCAGAGAAAUGUAUACCCGAAUGCUGGGAUGAUUCAUUACCUCAAACUGUCAUACAAUUACGUAAAAUAUUAAUUAUAAAAUGUUUCCGCCCUGAUCGACUUAUUCCUGCCGUGGCUGAAUUCGUAUCUAUCUCAUUCGAGCCAGGUUUUGCCACUCAAACUGAGCUGGACUUUAAGUUAUUAGUAUUAAACGAAAUCCAGCCUGCUACACCCAUUUCAUUAUGUUCUGUUCCUGGUUACGAUGCAAGUUAUCGUGUAGAUAAUCUUGUAUCUGAAGUUGGAGUUAAAUGCACAUCUGUUGCCAUGGGAUCACAGGAAGGUUUCACCUUGGCCGAUCAAGCUAUUGCAGCUUCGGUUAAGAAUGGAAAUUGGGUCUUAUUGAAAAACGUUCACUUAUCCACAUCAUGGCUAGGUCAACUUGAAAAGAAGUUGCAUAGUAUGAAAGCACAUAGAAACUUCAGGCUUUUCCUCACUAUGGAGACAAAUCCUAAGGUACCAGUCAAUUUAUUGCGCUUAUCUCGUGUACUUAUGUUCGAGCCCCUACCAGGUAUCAAGGCAAACCUUCAAGACUCUCUUAAGAGUAUCCCACAAUCACGCUUCUCAAAAGGUCCAAAGGAGCGUGCCCGCCUUUAUUUCAUGCUUGCUUGGUUACAUGCUAUCGUGCAGGAACGUCUUCGUUACGCUCCUCUCGGAUGGACCAAGGUUUACGAGUUUAAUGAUUCAGAUCAAGACUUUGCAAUAAACACCAUUGAUGCUUGGUUGAAUUCAGUUGCUCAAGGCAGAGAAAAUAUUUCUCCGGAUAAAAUUCCAUGGGAAGCACUUCGCACAUUGAUCUGUGUUGCCGGUUAUGGCGGCCGUAUUGAUAAUGAAUUUGACAAGCGUCUUCUAGAGUGUUUCGUAAAUGGUUUAUUCGCUCCUGGUGCUUAUGAGUUUGAAUUCCCGCUAGUUGAUUCAGAAGAUUCGCACAAACUAACUAUUCCUGAUGGAACGAAAAUGGAAGAUUUUGUAAAGUGGGUUGAUGAUCUCCCAGAACGAGAACCACCGAUAUGGUUAGGAUUACCAAGCAACGCAGAAAGAGUUUUAGCUAAAAGCAAGGGUUAUGCAAUGCUUGUGAAAAUUAGAAAAAUGAAAAAUACCUCUGAUGAUGAAGAAGUCGAAUUUUCUAAAGAGUCAGAUUCUCAGACCUCUUCCCAACCAGCUUGGAUGCGUGCAUUACAUACAACUUCUGAGGGAUGGUUAGGCGUACUCCCAGAAAAAAUUCCAGUGAUGAACCGUACAUCCGAAAGUAUCAAAAAUCCAUUAUUCAGAUUUUUCGAUCGUGAAAACUCUAUCGGUCGUAGUCUUCUCAAGAAAAUUCGUCAAGAUCUUGAGGACGUCGUUAAAGUUUGUAAAGUAUGGAUUGGUGGUCUAUUCAUGCCUGAGGCAUUUAUCACAGCAACACGUCAAGCAGUAGCACAAAAACAUAAAUGGUCAUUGGAACAAUUGAUAUUAGAAAUCUCUCUUAAUAAAAGUGGAGAUCCUGAUUCUUUCGCAUUAACUGGACUUAAAUUAGAAGGUGCUGUGUGGGAUGAAAAUCAAGUUAGUCUCUGCGCGAAUCCAACAACCAAAUUAGAUACUUCUCAAAUCAGAUGGGUUCUAAAAGCUAAAGCUACUCCGGUUACUGAAACAACUAUAAACCUUCCAGUUUAUCUUAACGAAGACCGUUCUGAUUUGCUCUUUAUUAUAAAUACCGAGGCAAAGGCUUCUGAUAAAGUUAAAAUUGCACAACGUGCA